AUGUUUGGAUUUAAUAAGGCAUCUUCGACACCUGCAGGUGGGCUUUUUGGUCAAGGCGGUGGAGCGAGCACUGGAAACGCUAAUACUGGAUUUUCGUUUGGUGGAAACCAAGCUGGACAAAAUGCAGCUCCCAGCACAGGUGGGCUCUUCGGGGCUAAGCCUGCCGGAGCAGCUGCAGGGUUAGGCGCAUCAUUUGGCCAGCAGCAGCAACAGCAGCAGCAGCAGCAACCUCAGACGAAUACGUUUGGGGCAAGCACCACCACUGGAGGAGGCCUUUUCGGUAGCAAACCUGGUAAUGUGGCAAGUUCUGGUGGAGGGUUGUUUGGAGCAGGUGCAAACAAUAAUACAGGCGGUGGUUUGUUUGGUUCCAAUACUGCAUCUACGGGUGGUGGUUUGUUCGGUAAUAAUAAUAACAAUAAUACGAAUGGUGCAAGUACGGGACUAUUCGGUUCUAAACCUUCAGGAGGCUCUUCCUUGUUCAAUAAUACAAGCACCUCCACGAUUCCUACACAGGGCCAGGGUGUGUUUGGCGCCAAGCCGGCAGGUACAUCUCUAUUCGGCAAUAGUACAGGUAAUGCGACCACUAGCGGAGGAUUGUUUGGCCCCAAACCGACGGGAACCACAUCUUUAUUUGGAUCCUCAAACAGUAAUAAUAACAAUAACAAUAUAAGUGCAUCUGGCGGGCUGUUUGGAAAUCAGCAGCAGCAGCAGCAGCUACAACAAACACAAACGCAAUCUUCAUUGCAGAAUCUGUCCCAACUUCCCAUCACUCCGAUGACACGAAUUUCUGAGCUACCACCCCAAAUACGUCAAGAAAUUGAGCAAUUAGAUCAAUACAUUCAAAAACAAGUACAGAUUUCACAUCAUUUAAAAGCUGAUACAACCGAUCACGAAGAGUUGAUAGAUUCUAUUCCUCGUGACAUCGCAUACCUUUUGAAAUCAGAAUCAGCAACAAGUCAGUAUUUAAAGCAAGAUUUGAAAAGAAUAUCCUCAUUUAAAUCACUGAUCGAUGAAGAUCUCUUAGACACGCAAACUUUUUCUGUACUCUUUCAGCAACUUUUAACCCCAGGAAGCAAAAUUUCUUCUAAUGACUUGGACAAGUUCUUUCAAAAAAAAAUUCGCCUUUAUGAGAAAAAGUUGGAAGACUACUCUCGCAUUCUUUCAGAUAUAGAAACUGCGGUCAAUGGUAUUGAUACCGACCUAUUUGGUGCACCAAAUAACGCGAAUGCGACAGCUAUCACAGCAGACUUCGCAUCAUCCGAGGCGGAAAACUUACUACGGUUGAAGACCGGCCUAGGUGCUAUAGUUUCUACUGUAAUCGAAGAAUUUACGCUGUUUAUGGAUAUUGCUGAGAGAAUCGCCAUGAUUCACCAAAAAAUGAAAACACUGACACCAGGGAGCAUAUGA